AUGUCUUCAAUCUCCAACAAGCUCCUGGACAAGAAGACCGAGAUCGUCUUCUUCUCUGCGACCGCUAUCGCCUUGUAUGGCUACGACCAAGGGAUGAUGUCCCUGAUCAAUACGAAUUAUGACUACCUUCGUACCAUGGGCAUCUCUGGAGAAAGCCCUCUCGUCGGCAUCAUCGUGUCAGUCUACUAUCUAGGCUGUGCUGUGGGCGCUAUCAUGUUCAGCGUCUUGGCCGAUAAGACUGGCCGAAGACCCAGCAUUUUUGCCUGCCUAGCAGUCUCCGCCUUGGGCAAUCUGCUCAUGUUCAUUUCCGGCCUUGGAUAUAGCCGCGGAGCGAUGACAAUGAUGUUCCUCGGCAGAAUUGUAAUGGGUCUUGGGGUCGGCGGCGUGGACUCUGUCAUUCCAACCUAUUCGUCCGAAUUGACUUCCGAUGGCGGAAGAGGGGAGGCAAUGGCAAAAGAGUUUCAGUCCAAUAUCUUUGGUUUGAAUAUGGCGUUUGGGAUCAAUUUGGGUGUCACACAAGCCCUUGGAAAGAACAAUGAAUGGGCUUGGCGAAUUCCUAUCAUUGCUAUGCAGUGUUACCCAGUGCUCCUGCUUUCGAUCAUCCAGCGGCUUCCGGAGUCUCCACGCUGGCUCAUUUUCCACGAACGAAAGGAUGACGCCAAAGAGUCCCUGGCGCGGAUUUACGGGGAAGAAGAAACUCCCUCCAAAUAUGAGGAGCUGGAGAAGGCGCACGAAGAAGAGUCAAGCCACGAGAUCGGUUGGAACGACAUGAUAUGGCCGGGGAGUGCACAAUGGCACCAGACUAGUGUCACCAUCAUGGGCCAAGUCAAUCAGGCUUUGACCGGUUACGGCGCCGUGUCCGUGUACGGGCCACAGAUCUUUGAGCUUUUGGGCUUAGGAGUCACUGAGUCGGAGCACCUCACUCAAGGCAACUACAUAUCCUACUUUUUCCUUAUGACUUUCGCGUGGCUUCUCAUCGACAGGGUUGGGAGACGUACCACUAUGAUCGCCGGCGCAUUUGGGAUUGCAGGGUGCUUCUUGCUCCUGACAAUUUUCGGCGGUCUUGCUCAGAAUUGCGACAAGCUUGGUAUUCCGGACAAGCCCAUCGCGAUUGUAGGAUCAAUCUUCUUGUUCAUCGCAACAGGGACAUUUGGUGUCGGAUGGCUGACCCAGCCCUGGCUCAUUCCAACCGAGAUCUAUCCAGUCACAUCUCGGGCCCAAGGCGCUGCCAUUUCAGUCAUCAUUUGGGGCAUCGCCAACUUUGUGGUUACAUUGAUUACACCUAUUUUGUUCAACACCCUGAGCUUCUGGCUGUUUCUUAUCUUUGCUGUAACAAAUACCUUUGCUGCUUGGUGGACCUUUGUCUAUUCUCCAGAAACAGGAGGCAGGUCCUUCGAGGAGAACCAACAAUUCUUCGAAGACGCAGCGAAGGAGAAGACUUGGUCUGUUCUCAAAGUCGAUGACGCGUCAUAUAGAUACAUGCCAAGAGAAAAUGAGAAAGGCCAGGAUGGCGAGAACCAGCCUCUGCUUGGGGGUUCUUAG